ACAUCCGGUCUCCUUUCCCUGCCGGCCGUUCGCAUCCUUGCGUUCUCCCUGGGCGGCUUCCCGGCGGCGAUGCGGCGAUGUUCGUGCAGGAGGACAAGAUCUUCGCGGCGAAGGUGCUGCGGGUCCGCGUCUGCGCCCUGGACGGCACCGAAUGGCUGGAGGAGGUGCCCGAGGACGCGGCCGUGGAGCGGCUCAAAGAGCGCUGCCUCAAACGCGUGAGCGGAGGGGAGCAGAGGAGGGAGCGGAGGGGGGCGCUGAAUGCGGGGCCUGGCCAGGGGUCCUUAUGUGCUCGGAGCGGCCCCGAUCCUGCUGGGUUCAUCAGCGGGGGGGGGGGGGGGAGGGAGGCUUUGCAGGGCCAGCGUUGAAGUGGCGGCUGGUAGACGCGCCCGCCUCCCCGCUUCAUAGCUGUCAACGCUUCCCUUUUUUAAAUUCCGAAUAGGAUUCCUCGCAAGAAAAGGGAGAAGUUGACAGCUAUGCCCCGCUUGCAGUCGCAGUUGUUGCCUCGAGAAGCUGUCGGAUCCGACCCUCGGCCCUCUGGGGUUGGGAGUCAGGGGUGCUGCUAUGUCCCCUCCUCCGCGGGGCCUUCUGCAGGCGAAGCUGGUGUUCAGCUGCGGAAUUCCAGCCUUCCCUACCUUGCGUUCACUUCCUUCUCUCCCAGGGUUUUUCUGACCGUUUGUGAUUUUGCAGAACAUAGGGGCUGGGUUUUGUUUUGUUUUGUUGUUGCUGCGAUGUACCUUGGAAGCGUUUGGCCCAGGUGCAAAAGGCUUGCGUGCACACACACCCCAUCCCCACCCCCAGUUUAGUAGUUUGAUUCAGCUUCUGCUUCUUUUUACUUUCCCACCUCAGUGUGCACCCGGCAGCCUGGAGGAUCCAAAAUGUGUAACACACCAUAAAUUGAUACAUGCAGCUUCAGAAAAGGUGCUGACCGACACAAAAACGGUCCUGGAGGAAAAUAUUCAAGACCAAGGUAAGGGAGUGUUGUGAUAAGUAACACCCCAGGGAGUAUCCAGAUACCCAGAAUGUGCAAUUAGUCUUAAGCAAUGGGCAGAAGUGUGCCUAUCUGAAUUGCUGUCUGGAGGACAACUUUCAGCUUCUUAAGCACUCAGGACACUGAGGGGAAUGUGACUGUAUCAUUUACUGCCAUAUGCUGUCCUCAGAAAUAGUAUUAAAGUCAUUACUCUUCAGGCAGCCCCCCGUUUAUGCACGUUCAAUAUGUGAACAAUUGUGUAUACGUGCAUCAUACUGAAGCCAGAAGUGACCUGGAAGCAUCAUGAAAAAAAUCACUGAAGCAUCACUAAAAGGGGGAACAGGGUGUUGCAGGCUUUUCAAUAGGUUUCAAUUAUUCGCGAUUUCACUGACGUGUGCUGUGCCUCAGAACACCCAUAUAAAUGGGGGCCUGUAUUUCAUUUCUCCUUGUGGACUCAUCUUCUACUGGUGGGGGCAUAACACAGCAGAAUACUUUAUCUUCCCAUACCCCCUUUGCAGAAAAUGUGCAAGGAAGGCUUGUUCUCUGACUCCAGACAAUUCUUCUCUCUCUAGAUGUUUUAGUGCUAGUCAAGAAAAGAGCUCCACCUGCCCCUCCAAAAAUGGUGGACAUUUCUGCAGAGGAAAAAGUGAGUCCAGGGGCCUUGUGGGGUGGCUUCUUCUGGCCUUUGCCUUGACAAGUUGUAGAAAGAUACCUGUGGCUCAUCUGGCUUGGAUUUCAGGAGAGAGCCCAUCUUGUCAGCUUGUAGGAGUAUUUCUGCUUCUUUCUUUGCAUCCUUUAAGGCACAGUCUGCCUGUGUUUACCCUGUGAGUCUCUUUGUGAAAAAACAGCCAGCAUGGGAGCUACCCAAAGCCAGUGCAGAGCAGAUCUCCCAGGGCACUGGGAGAAAUUUUAAGAGUGAGGUUUAGGAAGUAGAGCUGUGUGGCUGAUUGUGUGCAUGUUGGGCGGCAAAGGCAGAUCUGGGCAGCAGGUGGGAAGCAGCUGCUCUCUCUCUCUCUCCCCCCGCCCCCAGCCGGCUUUGAGCUCUAUGUCCCUGCAGCCUAUUUUGGGCGGUGUGUGCUGAUCAUUCAAGAUCUCCUAGGUUCUAUAUUUAGCUGCUUGCUGGCAGCCUUCCUAUCCUUAAUUGAUAAGCAGGGUGUCUGUAUGUCCCCAAGAGAGCAGUUAUCAAUGCACACAUCUUGUAAGGCAUUUUUUUAAAGGGCCAGGGGAUAUUUUUUCUCCAACAUUUUUGUGGAAGAGAUGAAAAGAACUGCAAGGCAAGAGGCAUGACUAGCUGGCCAACAAAAUGUGCAUGUAGGGUGGUUGGGAAAGGGUGGCUGUUGCAUUGUCCCCCCACCUGGUGGGCACCAUUGGCAGAGAGUGAGAGGGUGCUUCCCUAAAGGAUCUAGAAAGGCUCCUCAAGAAAUGAAACCCUCAUUAUAAGAGGAAUGGGCAUUUCCUUUCUGGAGGAGCUGGUUCUUGUCUCAUUGAUGCCUGCUUCUUUGAAGGAGAUUGCUGCACUAUGCAGACAGCAUAUUUCACUUCUCUUUUAGCGGAAACAGGAACAGAAGGCACCUGACAAGGAGGCAAUUCUGAAGGCAACCACCAGCCUCCCGUCCCACAGUGUGGACCGCAGUGUGGCUCACCACAGUAUGAGGGAUGUGAGUACUCUGCUUCUCUUCUGGGCUGCUACAGUCUGGGGCCCAUCAGCUCUGCUCAGCGAUCUCUAGCAGUCACUACUCUGCUGGCUAGGGAUGCAGGUGGUGCUGUGGUCUAUACCACUGAGCCUCUUGGGCUUAUUGAUUGUAAGGUUGGCAGCAUGAUGGGGUGAGCUCCUGUUGCUCUGUCCCAGCUCCUGUCAACCUAGCAGUUUGAAAGCAUACCAGCACAAGUAGAUCAGUAGGUACCACUGUGGCAGGAAGGUAUACUUGUCAGAGUGUUUCGUGCACCAGAAGUGGUUAAGUCUUGCCACAUGAUCCGGACGAUGCAAUUAAAGGAAUUAAGGUGGGGAGCAAAGCCUAUAAAUUGAAAGCAUUCACAGAUGAUCUAGUAAUCACGGUGGAAGAUCCGAUAGUUUUGUUAUCGGAAGUACAGUGAUACCUCGGGUUACAAACGCAUUGGGUUACAGACUCCGCUAACCUGGAAGUAGUGCUUCCGGUUAAGAACUUUACCUCAGGAUGAGAACAGAAAUUGCGUGGUGGCAGCAGUGGGAGGCCCCAUUAGCUAAAGUGGUACCUCAGGUUAAGAACGGUUUCAGGUUAAAAAUGGACCUCCCGAACGAAUUUAAGUUCAUAACCAGAGGUACCACUGUAUUGAGGAAAAUAAAAAAAAUCGACCUAGUAUCAGGUUUUAAAUUAAAUAAACAAAAACAAAACGUAUAGUUUAAAAUGUCUCAGGACAAGAUAAAAUUAAGAUAGAAGAGAAGGCAGGUAUAAAUAUUCAUAAAAGAGUGAAUUCUUUAGGAAUUUGGCCAACAGGAAAAAUAUAAAUAUAAUUAAAGAUAACUAGGAAAAAACAUGGAAAGAGAUAAAGAGGAAUUUAGAGAUUUGGAGAAGAAUAAAUAUGUCAUUGAUAGGAAGAAUAUCAUUGAUAAAAAUGAAUGUGAUAAUAGAGUACAGUGGUACCUCAGGUUAAGUACUUAAUUCAUUCUGGAGGUCCGUUCUUAACUUGAAACUGUUCUUAACCUAAAGCACUACUUUAGCUAAUGGGGCCUCCUGCUGCUGCUGCGCCGCUUUCUGUUCUCAUCCUGAAGCAAAGUUCUUAACCUGAAGCACUAUUUCUGGGUUAGUGGAGUCUGUAACCUGAAGCGUAUGUAACCUGAGGUACCACUGUAUUGUCAAGAGUAUGUAGCUUGUUGCUUGAAUGGGAUACUAAGGAUGAAGACGUCAAAUGUGUAGUGAUAAAGUGAGAGGGAAGACAUGGGACAUAAUAUCCAAAUGUCAGAUUGGAAAAAAUUGUGGGGAAAUGAUUUGAAAUUUACGGCUUGUACAUUGUUAAAAGAAAAUUAUAUGAAAAUGAUGUAUAGGUGGUAUUUAACGCCAGUAAAAUUAUCAUAAAUGUACAAAUCAGAAGAAAUGAAAUGUUGGAAAUGUAAAGAGGUAGAUGGUACAUUUUAUCAUGUGUGGUGGCAAUGCAAAGUUAUAAAGAAUUUUUGGGAAAGGAUAUCUAAUGAAUUGAAAAAAAUGCUUAAAAGAACUUUUGUUAAAAAGCCAGAAGCCUUUUUAUUAAGAAUAACAGCAAGGGGAAUACCCCAAAAAUAUAAAAAUCUAUUUAUGUAUGCAACCACGGCCGCACGAAAAUUGAUAACCAAAUGCUGGAAAGAGGAAAAAAAUUUCACGAAGAAAGAUGGGCAAAUUAAGUUGAUGGAAUAUACAGAGAUGGCAAAAUUAACAGGAAGACUCAGAAAUCAGGAUGAUAACAAAUUUAACAAUGAAUGGGAAUUAUUAUUAUUUUUGCAUAUAUGUCAAAGCAUUGUAUACAAGUUGAUACAUCAGGAUUCGAAAAACAUUUGCAGUAUUAUGAUGAUAGAUAAGAAUUAGAUAUAUACGGAUUGAAAAUAUGACCUGGACAUGCUUGAUAUAACCAAAAAUAAUGGAGCCAUGGAGAGGGGAGAGGGAAGUCACAGGAUGGGAAAAUUCCCACAUUGUGAUAUUGUAUCAAUGUUUAUUUUAUAUGAUGUUCGUUAUGGAAAAACUACUUUAAAAUUUUAUUUUUUAAAAAAGAGACGAGCACCACACCCCAUAGUCGAUUUCAACUGGACUUAACUGUCCAGGGGUCGUUUACCUUUACUCUGUUGGCUAUGAGCACCCAGGGACAGCUGCUCCCUCCUGCCCUUCAGGGGCCCAGUUUACAAAUUAUGGUUCUGUUUAGCCAUCAUUAAAAAUAAGUGAUGGUUCACUGCAAAGUAGUUGCAUGCUUCUGUACUAAUGAAUCCUCGCUGGGUCUCUACACUGCUUCCUGUUAUUGCUACAUCAGGGCAUAAACAAAGCUGAGUCUGGCUCUCAUCUUGCUGGAGUCAGGGCAGCAGAAAAGGUACCCAGUCCAGACAGCACUGGAUUCUAGCUAUGGCUGCCUGUCUGUCAGUGUCAUGUGUGGAAGGUUGGCUGCUUUUGAAUCUCAUACCAAAAGGUAUUCUCCACCCCUGUGUUAAGCCAUCAUUUAUUUAUUUAUUUAAUUUUACUAUAUGAUACAAAAAAAGAAAUAGAAAAAAAGAAAUAGAAACAAUACAUAACCAUACAUAAAAACAAUUUGUCUACACAAUUUUCCAGAAUGCAGACUAGAAAAGAAGAAAGACAAAAGAUAAAAGAAAGAAACAAGAAAAAAAUGAAGAGAAAAAAUACUUUUCAUAAUCAAUUAUUCCAAAUUCAUACUUCAAACAUUACAAUAUUUAAAUCCUAGUUAAAAUAUUAUAAAAGACUUCCACCACAUUCACCACACGUCUCUUGGUUAUCUAAUUCACCUUUACAUCUGUUCUUCAGUCCCUUUCCUUAAAUUCUUUCAGAGUCCAUCUAAUCUUUGUAUUCUCUGUAUUCUUCACAAGGUUAGUCUAAGCACAACCAAACUUUCGUGUUUGAUGCCUGUUUGUGUAAAUAUUCAUUUAAGCAUUCCCAUUGUUUCUGUAUCAUAGUUUUAGAUUUAUGCCUUAUUAUAUCUGUCAAUUUUGCUAACUCCAGAUACUCACAUAGUUUACUUAACCAUUCCUUUUUUUGUUGGGAUGUUAUUUACUUUCCAGUAACUGGCCACCAACAUUCUCGCUGCUGUUGUUGCAUAUAGGAAUAUGUUAAUUUUAUCUUUGGGGAUAUCUUUACUCAAAAUUCCUAAUAAGUACGUUUCUGCCCUUUUGUUAUAUGAAACCUUUAUUAUUUUUUUAAUUUCUUCAUGGAUCGUUUCCCAAAAAUUUUUGAUCUCUGAACAUGUCCACCACAUAUGGUAUAGAGUGCCCUUCAUCUUAUUGCAUCUCCAACAUUUAUUACUAAUCAAUCUAUUCAUUUUUGCUAGUCUGUCUGGUGCCAUAUACCAUCAUUUUUAACUAUGGUUGAAUGUCACUAGCAAACCAGGCCAGUGAUUUGGCAUCCUCCUUUUCUUGAUGGAACUAAUAACUUGUGUGUGUUGGAAAGCAAUCAGGUUAAUAAGAUGUUGUGAUCUGAUUGACUUUUUGCAAGAUUUCAUGGAUGGUGCUUUUCUAGUAUUAGCGUAAUAUGAGUGUAUUCUUAAGCUGCACCUCUUUCCCCGAGCCUUUGACACCUGAGCCCCACAGUGUUUUUCUGAUUUGAACAUUGUAUUGUUAUUUUAUUGUAACCUACCUAUAAACCUUAUGGUGAAAAAAAGGUGUUUAAGAAACCCCCCAUACCUUCCUCACCCCCUUCAUUCUGCUCAGUACUCUUUGCCCUCCCUCGCUCCUGGCACAGGAACAAGGGCGGAAGGUGCAUGCCUGACAAGUGACCUACAAAAUGCCUUGACUGCCUUCCCUCUUUCAGUUCCAGACGGAGCUUCGGAAGAUCUUGGUUUCUCUCAUAGAAGUUGCCCAGAAGCUGCUAGCUUUGAACCCAGAUGCAGUUGAGCUCUUUAAGAAAGCAAAUGGUACGGUGGGGUGUUUUCUGACCUUCUUCCUAGGACUUACAUCCUGAGGUGUGUUUGGUCCACUGGUCAUACAGAGGGGCUGACAUGGCUCCUGCCAUGGACUGCAAGCACUGUUUUGGAGAUUGGGAAGGUCUGGGGAAGUUUAAGCGUGGUGGGGAGCAAGUGCCCCCCUGCUUUCGUGAGUAGAGAUCGAUGCUCCAAGCACACAUGGACCUGCUUUUCCGCAGCACUCGUAGAGCUGAGGUGUGAACUGACCUUGCCAUUCUUGUCCCUAGCCAUGCUGGAUGAAGAUGAGGACGACCGAGUGGAUGAGAUUGCCUUGCGCCAACUGACAGAAAUGGGCUUCCCAGAAAGCAGAGCGGUCAAAGCCCUUCGCUUGAACCAGUAGGUGUCCCUGGCAAUUGAGCCUCCCCUUGAGAUGGGUCCCCGCCCCCCACAGAAGACUGUAAGUGAAGACUCAUAGAAUUGUAGAGCUGGAAGGAACCCUGAGGGCCAUCUAGUCCAACCCCCUGCAAUGCAGGAAUCUCAACUAAAGCACUGAUGGCAGAUGUCCAUCCAGCCUCUGCUUAAAAACCUCCAAGGAAGGAGAGUCCACCACCUUCCAAGGGAGUCCAUUCCACUGUUGAACAGUUCUUACUGUCAGAAAAGUUCUUCCCAGUGUUUAGUUGGAAUCUCCUUUCUCGUAACUUGAAUCCAUUAGUUCGGAACCUACUCUCCAAAACAGGAGAAAGCAAGCUUGCUCCAUCUUCCAUGGGACAACCUUUGAGAUAUUUGAAGAUAGCUAUCAUAUCUCCUCUCAUUGUCCUCUUAUUGUCCUCUUCUCCUGGCUAAACAUACUCAAUUCCCUCAACUAUUAAGACUUGGUUUCCAUAUCCUUGAUUAUUUUGGUUGCCCCCUCUACACACUUUCCAGCUUGUCCAUAUCCAGAGCACUCAUUGAAAUUAACCAACAUGACAACAGGAGCUAUAACCCUUUAUAUUGAACUUGUGCUUCGCUUCUGAGGAUGAGCUGUUCCCUUUGUUAAGCAUUAUAUAUAUAUUAAGUGAUGGUCUGAUGACUUGAUACCAGUAAAUGAAUCCGAAUUGGAGAGGCUCCUUCUCCCAUGAUUGCAUUGCUAUUUGGGAAUGCUAUGUAUAGGUAUGCUUAUUUUUUUUUUUAAAAAAAGAAAGGUUCCAGGGAGAGCCACCAUGUGAUUUCUCUCCCUGUUCCCUUUCCAACAUAUUCCCCAAGCAUAUUAUAGGUUUUAUGAGCCAGGGGAAUGGCGGGGGGCUGUUGCUGGUAGACAGAACUGCAAGUGAGUGUGAAGAGAUGGUUGGCUGCCUGUUUUCAAGUGACAGGAGCAAGUAGAGUUGGCCACUUGCUGCCUCUUCAGUUUUGUGAAUACACAGAAUAUACAGAAGUUGUAGCUUUCUGCUGCUCUUGAGGGAAUUGGUGGUGAAUGGUGAAUGCUCGAGCUUAGAAUGGGAGGCCCAGCCAAGUUUCCAGGCUGAAUUAGCCAGUUGGCGUUGAGUUCUGUGAGCACUUGCCAUAGUUCCUGCCCCUCUAUGGCUUGCUAAAGGUCCCCAGCAACACCCAGGUCUCUGUGUUCCAGGUGUGCAGUUCCACAGAGUUUCAGCUGUCCUUCAUUUCCUCCAGCUUGUUUCUGGUGCACACGCAUAAUGCUCUUUCUCUCCCAGGCUCUCUUGUCUCAUAGAAUCAUAAAACUGUAGAGUUGGAAGGGACCCUGUGGGUCAUCCAGCCCAACCCCUUCAGUGCAGGAAGCUCAGCUAAAGCCACCCAACCUCUGCUUAAAAACCUCCAGUGAAGGAGAGCUCACCACUUUGCAAGGGAGUCCGUUCCACUGAAGUACAAAAGUGUGGCUGGUAGUCACUGUGGUUUGCAGGGCCACUGGCAAAAGUGGCAGGAGCCAAAGUCCACUGAGAAUCGGCAAAGGGUAAACCCCCACCCCCACCCCAGUUUGUUUCUGCCCCAAUGUAGUUGAUGCUGCUUCCUUAUUUGUCAACUUUUUCACCCAGCAUGUCUGUGACUCAGGCCAUGGAGUGGCUGAUUGAACACUCGGAUGACCCCACCGUUGAUGCCCCCCUGCCAGGUCAGUUCUCUCUGGAAAAUGCCUCAGUGGAAGGAGUGGCAGCCCCCCCUGCCCAGGCGCUCGAGGGGCCCAACCAAGAAGUCGGGAGAGAAGAGCCAAAAGAUGAGCUGACAGAAAUAUUCAAGAAGAUCCGCAGGAAAAGAGAGUUCCGGCCUGAUCCGCGGGUAUGCUUUCUGUAUGUGCACAUGUGUUCUUUUGGAUUUUGGUGUGAGAGUCUGCUGGUGCCACUGGAAAUGGUCCAUAAAUUCUCAGUCCACAGUGUGUCAGAUUCCCAAAAUGGACAUUUGAUUCUAUACAGUGGUGGUAUUUUGUGGUAACUGCUUUUUUAAUCUGAAAGCUGUGGCCGUCUGUUUUUUCCCCAAAAGCCAACAUGAUAAAAAUGCUUUUGGGUAGGAUGGUAACCAUUUAGAAAUUGUUCAGCUUCCCAGCUUGUCCCAUGGGCUGUUGCAGGCAUCUCUAGUGCUGCUGCUGUCAAAACACCCACUUCAAAUUUUCCAGCACUGACACCAAAAGGGCCCAAUCUAGCCUGUGAUAUAUUUUUGCAUCUCUUGCAUCUCAGAGAGUGGUGACAAGUGGGGCUCAUCAAAAUCAAUGCAUACUCUUUUACAGACAGGCUUGUGUUUUACAAUCUCCUUGCUCCUAGAAACUUGGCCUCUCUCCUCCUCUUCUGCCACGUACUUGGGUAUGGCCCUUGUAUGUUGUAGACCUUUGGAAGGGCUUUGCCCUUGUCCCUGACAUAAGCUCUGUGGUUCUGCUUUCAGGCUGUCAUUGCCUUGAUGGAGAUGGGCUUUGAUGAGAGAGAGGUGGUGGAUGCCCUCCGAGUGAACAACAACCAGCAGAACGCAGCAGUGAGUACCUGUACCAUCAUGCCUGGGGGCUCUGCCUGUUCUCUUUUGCCUCCCAAACCAUCACAUGCACCUUGUGGGUGCCUUUGGGUGAUGAGCCUCAUGAUGUGGGUGAAUUCUUUCAAGGUCCCUUCUGUGGGGAACGUUUAGCGGAUGGCAUGGCUUUUUCCUAGAUGCACCAAGAAUGGAUCCUUGCAUUUGAGAUUUUGGUGGAGAUGCAUGUAAUUCUCCCUCUUUAAAAACCCUGGGCCACCCCAGUGCAAUUGAAUUGGCACAAUCCUUGAUCCCUGCCAUGAAAUGCAGUAAUUCCUGCUUAGUGGAGAAUUUUAUAAAGCUGCAGCUUAUUUCAGCUCAUCCUGUUAGGACUCCUUUGGGCUUGGGAGUUGGAAGCCACAUGUGAGGAGCUAGUGUUAAGCGGGAUAGCACAUGGAAGUUGUACUUUGCAGUGGGUGGCAAAUGCCAAGCCUUAUACUGGAAAGGACCAUUGCUGGGCUGGGGUGGUAGUAGUAGAGAGGGGUUAGAGCAGGUAGCCUGCUUCUGUGUGAAAUCUCCAUUGGCUUCCUUGGAGCUUGUGUUCGUCUGCCAUGCUCUUGUUUCCCUCAUCAGAAAACAAAUGUUGUUGGAAGAUGGAUGCUCUGUAAAAGCAAGCGAGGAGUGAGGCUGUUGCACUGGGGGGCUUUUCUUUUUUUCAUCUGGCCACCAGAUUCUCUAGAAAAUGCUUGAAAAGCAGGUCUGUGUAGCAGGAGAAAUUGUCUCCUUCCUGGGUGAGCUUCUGCUGCUUUCAGGUAAUCUCUUAAGAAACUUUGUCUGUGUCUGAAUUGUAACCCUUGUUUUUGUGCGGAAACUGUACUAAGACUUCCAAACUAAGCAUUAAAAAGCAGAGCCAUGCGUGAAUUGUGUUUACAGGGAAAGGGAAGUACCGUGGUACCUCAGGUUACAUACGCUUCAGGUUACAUAUGCUUCAGGUUACAGACUCCGCUAACCCAGAAAUAUUACCUCGGGUUAAGAACUUUGCUUCAGGAUGAGAACAGAAAUCGUGUGGCGGCGGCGCAGCGGCAGUGGGAGGCCCCUUUAGCUAAAGUAGUCCUUCAGGUUAAGAACAGUUUCAGGUUAAGUAUGGACCUCCGGAACGAAUUAAGUACUUAACCCAAGGUACCACUGUAAAAGGAUUUGCUGCCUUAACGUAUUUCCUUCUGACUUGCUCUGCAGUGUGAGUGGCUGUUGGGAGACCGGAAGCCCACCCCAGAAGACUUAGACAAGGGGAUAGAUCCUGCCAGCCCCCUCUUCCAAGCCAUCCUAGAAAACCCAGUGGUACAGUUGGGACUCACGAAUCCUAAAACGCUACUCGGUCAGUACUCUUGUGCCAUGGGAAAUCUGUGUGGGCUGAAUUAGUAUAACUCUUUGUAAAGGGACCCCUGACCAUUAGAUCCGGUCGUGGCCGACUCUGGGGUUGUGGCGCUCAUCUCGCUUUAUUGGCCGAGGGAGCCGGCGUACAGCUUCCGGGUCAUGUGGCCAGCAUGACUAAGACGCUUCUGGCAAACCAGAGCAGCACACGGAAACGCUGUUUACCUUCCCGCUGGAGUGGUACCUAUUUAUCUACUUGCACUUUGAUGUGCUUUCAAACUGCUAGGUUGGCAGGAACAGGGACCGAGCAACAGGAGCUCACCCCGUCUUGGGGAUUCGAACCGCCGACCUUCUGAUCGGCAAGUCCUAGACUCUGUGGUUUAACACACAGCGCUACCCGCGUCCCUUUGUGUUAAGCAACCCCAAAUCCUGCAGUAUCCCAGGAGGCUUACAAAACAUGGUAUUGCGUUACAGAUAAGAACCUAAAGACGGCAACAAAAUGGAAUCUGCAGCAAUUAAACUGCAAAAGUAGUUCAGCCUAUUGGACCAGUUUCUUUUUGUAAGGGAAUUUUCAGUCUCUCCAGUUGAUGCUUGUUUUGGGCUGCUUAACUGGACUCAGAGUCCAGGUUGGAAACUGAGAUGGGGAAAUGCAUAAAAUGUUGUAGUUUAUCUUGUAUCUUAUAAAUUGAACAUCCCCACCCUCCUUUCUGUGGCAGCCUUUGAAGACAUGCUUGAAAACCCUUUAAACAGCACUCAGUGGAUGAACGAUCCAGAAACAGGGCCAGUCAUGUUACAGAUUUCCCGAAUCUUCCAGACCCUGAAUCGCACAUAGGAGGAAGAGGAGGAGGAAGAAGAACAAGAUGAAGAACAAGAAGAAGGGGGGAGGAGUAAACCUCCUUGCUUGUAUGGUCAUUUUGGACUCUUUUUGGCCCCGAGUCUCCAGAAGAACAAAAAGGGCAAAUUGUUUACCAGGAGAGAGCAGAAGUAGUGUGUUGGGUGUUCACUCUUUGCAUUUUGGGGUUGCUGUGUCACCCACUUUUUUGUUUGCAGUUCUGGCUUGCAUACUGUGUGAUUAUUAUUAUUAUUCCACACACACACACCCCGUGUUAGUGGAAGAUGGUUUGAAGACUUAGGUGUUUGUUUUCUUUCAAGUGUUUCUAUAGAAACAGGAAAUUAUACAUCUAAAUACAUGAAAAGCUGUUCACAGUUAUCUCAGAAUGUGUUUAUUGAAGAAAUGAAAAGAUAAUUCAUGUUUUUAAUGUUCAGACUAAGUGCAGAGGCCUCUUCCUGACUGGCCCCACAGUGUCAGCUCCAGAAUGUUUGUUUCUCCUCAUACAGUUACCUCUGCACUGAGAUAACGAACGCCAUUCUGGCAUUCUGUUUUUUGUCAUUGUGGAAUAGAGAGACCCUGGAAGUAACCUUCCUCACCCCAUCUGAAGGAGCUGGCAUUAAGAACAUAAGAAUUGGUCACCUCCAGCUUUUUCUUUCUGUCUGAAGCCCUUCUGAGGCCGGGCCUGGUUUUGGUCAGGGUUCCUUCGCAGAGAAUAAAACACAUCUUGCAUGUGGCUGUCUGUGCUAGUUGUUUCUUGAGGGCAGCAUGACCGGGUGGGGGUGAGACCAAGUGCUGUUAGACCUCUGGGAAGAGGGUUGGUUUGUGCCUACCCUAAGAGCAGAUUUGGUGUAACCAAGAAAAGCUGAUUUGGUGGCUAGGAACAGGGUAACUGAAUCAAGGCCAUUACAUAUAUCUUCAGGAACAUGUCAACGCAAGUGUUCAGGAAGGGUAGCGAAGAAGGAUAAAUCCUGGCAUUAAGCGGCUAAUAUCAUGUGCCUUUGGCCCUGUGGGAGAGGGGAGAAGUGUGCCGUUGUGUUAAUGUUCCCUCAUACUCAACUAGCAGAGAAAUAUUUAGCUUUGCACUCUCCCUAAGGUGCAACUAAACACCCUAGGCCAAAUGAACCUAUGAAUUGGAUAUGGAGGAAGCAAAACAAAACCAGUGUGAAUGCACCUAUGCAUGCAGAGCAUUCCUAGUUCAAUGCCCAGAUACAGCUAGGAAAGACUCCCUGCUUGAAACUCUUGAGAGCGGCUGCCAGCCAGUGUAGGCAAUACUGAGAUGGAUGUGACCAACAUGAUUCAGUAUAAGGCAGUUGCUGCAUGUGUUCUGUGAAAUUUCUGAGCAUGGAUUUCACUGGAGCCUUUCCAAGCAUACUUGGACAAUAUAACAUUUCCACACAUACAACAAUUGCUAUGGACCAGAGGAACUACUGUCAUAAUUUUCAAACCAAAUUAUUAUUAUCAUUAUCAUUAUCAUCAUUAUAAUAUUGUUUAUACCCCACCCAUCUAGCUAUGUUUCCCCAGCCACUCUGUGUGGCGUCCAGCAAAAUACAAAAAAUAAUAAAAUGUUAGACAUUAAAAACUUCCCUGAACAGGGCUGCCUUC